UGUUUCUACACCCCCACCCUUUCAGUCUCAUUCUUUUCAGGGAUCUUUCAUUGUCAAGCCGCCAAAGUGGAGAGUGUGAUUGCAGAGGGGGGUGCUUCUCGUUUCAGCGAGUUCCUGGGGAAAACCACAGGGCCUAGCGUUCAGAGAUGGAUUCCUUCACGAAGCACUAGACGAGAUGUCAACUCCUCCAAUGAGAACGAACGACACGAUGCAAUCUUUAGGAAAGUGAGAGGCAUACUGAAUAAACUGACCCCUGAGAAGUUUGACAAGCUAUGCCUUGAGCUGCUGAAUGUGGGCGUAGAUUCAAAGCUCGUCCUUACAGGAAUCAUCUUGCUGAUUGUGGACAAAGCCCUUGAAGAACCCAAGUAUAGCUCGCUAUAUGCUCAGCUAUGUCUGCGUUUGGCAGAGGAUUCUCCGAACUUUGAUGGCCCAUCAACAGAAUUUCAAUCAUCACAAAAGCAGAGCACUACAUUCAGGAGACUUUUGAUAUCCAAGCUUCAAGAUGAAUUUGAAAAUCGUACCAGAAAUGUUGACCUCUAUGACAAAAAUGACAGCCCUCUCACCUCUGAGGAGGAAGAGCAACGUGCCAUUGCCAAGAUCAAAAUGCUGGGCAACAUCAAAUUCAUUGGAGAACUUGGCAAACUCGAUCUCAUUCAUGAGUCUAUCCUUCACAAAUGCAUCAAAACACUUCUUGAAAAGAAGAAAAGUGUCCAACUCGAGGAUAUGGGGGAGGAUUUGGAGUGCCUCUGUCAGAUAAUGAGUACUGUGGGGCCAAGACUUGAUCAUGAGAAAGCUAUGUCUUUAAUGGAUCAGUACUUUGGUCGUAUGCGAUCCUUAAUGAACAACAAGGACUUGCCUGCUAGGAUUCGUUUCCUGCUUCAGGAUACCGUGGAGUUGCGCAAGAACAACUGGGUGCCUCGGAAAGCUUUUAUCGAUAAUGGACCGAAGACUAUCAACCAGAUCCAUCAAGAUGCAGUAAAGGAUUCAGGUGUUUUUAUUCCACCAAUGACUCAAGGAAUAAGGACUGACUUCUUUCAAGAAAACUCUUUCUUGCCAACGAGACUUAAACCUGAUCGAGAAACUCUUGGGGGAUUAGCUGAUAUGUUUGGGCAGAUGCUAGGUAGUGGGAUUGGAACUGGCCCUGGGGUCAUUCAGGACAGGUAUUCCCCCACCAUGGGCCGUCGCACAAACCCAAUUUUUAACGGACAUGGUGGGCACAUGGCCCCUGCACCUCAGCCUUUCAUUAAAUCCAACCAGGGGCAGAAUCUGCUUUUUCAGAACCAGACUCCAUCUCAACAGCAAGCUCAGUCCAAGGAUAUGCAGCCAUGUUUUGUAAAGAAAGGACUGCUCAAUGCUGAUGAGAUAAGCCUGAGACCGUCUCAGUCAUUUAUUCUGAACAAAAACCAAAUGCCAAAGUUGCAGCCACAGGUACCUACCAUGAUUCCUCCCAGUGCCCAGCCUCCAUGCGCAUCCACACCACCUCUGGGACAGCCACCGCAGCUUGGUCUGAAAACCAACCCGCCUCCCAUCCAUGAGAAGCCACAGAAGAUUAGUAAGAAACCACCUCCAGCUAAAGAAGAACUGCUUAAGAUGACCGAAACCGCCGUGGCCACUUACCUGAGCAGCAAGAACAUGAACGAUGCUGUGAACGGAGUGAGGGAGAUGAGACCUCCUAAACACCUUCUGCCUGAGAUGUUGUGUAAGAUGAUCGUGUGCUCACUGGAGAGUCCAGAUGAUGACCGUGAGCAUGUCAGCACUCUGAUCAACACACUACGUAUGGAGGGACUGGUCACAGGGGAAAACUUCAUGCAGGCUUUCCUUAAUGUUCUGGACCAGUGUCCCAAGAUCGAAUUGGACAUUCCAUUAGUGAAGUCCUACCUGGCUCAGUUUGCUGCCCGGGCAAUAAUUGCUGACCUCGUGAGCAUGGCAGAGUUGGCUCACCCGCUGGAGAACGGCACCCACUUCCCUCUUUUCCUCCUCUGCUUGCAACAAAUGGCCAAACUGAAAGAUCGGGAGUGGUUGACCGACCUGUUCCAACAGAGCAAGGUCAACAUGCAGAAGAUGCUUCCAGAAAUCGAUCAGAAUAAGGACCGCAUGUUGGAGAUUCUGGAGGGAAAGGGCCUGAGCUUUUUAUUCCCCCUUAUGAAGCUGGAGAAGGAGCUGCUGAAGCAGAUUAAAGCUGAUCCGGCCCCACAAACCAUCUACAAGUGGAUCAAGGACAAUAUUUCUCCAAAACUUCACACUGAUAAGGGUUUCGUUAACAUUCUAAUGACCAGCUUUUUGCAGUACAUUUUCCAUGAGAUGUAUUCCACUGCGGAAGAAGACCAAUUAUCUGCACCAACGAAAGAACAGCUCGACCAGGAGAAGCAGCUGCUGCUUGCCUUCAAACUGGUGAUGCAAAAGUUCCUGCAUGAUCACGUAGAACUGCAAGUCAGUGCGCUGUAUGCGCUUCAAGUUCACUGCAAUGUCCAUGCUUUUCCUAAAGGAAUGUUAUUACGCUACUUUGUCAACUUUUACGAUAUGGAAAUAAUUGAAGAAGAGGCCUUCCUAGCAUGGAAGGAAGAUAUUUCCCAGGAAUUUCCAGGGAAAGGAAAAGCAUUAUUCCAGGUGAACCAGUGGCUCACCUGGCUGGAGACGGCAGAAGAGGAGGAGUCUGAGGAAGAAGCUGACUAAAGAACCAGCCAAAGCCUUCACGUACUCAACAUUUCUCCAGUUUUAAUUCGCCAGAUCUCAGCGUUCACGUGUGUUCUCAACCUCUGCACUUCAUGCCGUGCUGUUUUCUGCAAUGUCAAGCCAACGUAUUAUUUCAAGCUUCUCUUUGGCCUCAUUGUUUAGAGCAUGUAAUGACUCGCAUCUGUGUAAGAUCAAUGGUAUUAGCAGCUUGGAGCUUCAUUCUUUUUUUUAAAUAUAGAUAUUUAGCUUUUAACAUGUAUUUGCAAGGGUCUUUCCUGCUGCUGUUCAUUUCAGCACAAAACUAUUGAAUUGCGCUUUGCGCCAUGUCAUACUGAAUUGCUGCAAUACAUCAAUUAUAAUCAUUUGUUACCAUAGUGUUUUUAGUUGUUUAUACCUCACAAUUGUAGACGUAGAGUGCAGUUUAAUCGAGUCCUUCAAGAUGACAACUCCAGAGGUGCUCAAGUCUGAAAAAUGGGAAAGAUUGUUUAUCUGAUUUUAAGACUUCACACUCCAACUUGAGUACUUUUAUAUUUCCCUCCUGUCUUUUGUAACGAUGAACAAAGCCAUGUGGGUGAGAUGAAAUCAUGCGGCCUGUUCUCCUCCAUUUCCGCAGCCCAUUUAUGCCCCCUCCUUCAUUUGAUGAGCCGAUACUUUCAUUUUUUUUCUUUACAGCAUGUUCAGGGAUUCGCAAACAUGAGGCAACUAUUUAUUUAUUUGUUACAUUUUAAAAUAAAGUUGAAACAAGUUGAUAUGAAUCUUCAGUUUACAAAUCAUUGUUUUUUUAACCUAACAGUGCUUUCCAAUAAUGUCUAUUAUGGAUAUACUAGAUAUUUAUUGAAUCAUGAGGGGAAAACAAAGCUUUGUUGAUGCUAGGACAAAAGGUGACUCAUUCGUGUGGUAUCCUGUACAAUGACUUGCUAUUUAAAGUGUUACUGUAAAGGUGUAUGAGCUCGGAAGGUUCAGUUUACCACUGUUGCUUUCAAUAAAGCUACACACCAGCAUUUAUUUGGCCUUUAUUUAAUGUCUGUAUGGAGAGAGUAUUAGUGAGUUUUCAGCCUCCAGCAGUUUAGUAUUGAACCCUUGGUCACUGUUCAUUACAGGCCGACAUCUUUACUGGGUGCGGUAAUCAUACAUUGAAUUUAAUUUAUAAUAAGGAAAUUAAUUUCAAUAAAUUCAUGGCAUGAAACUUUUGCAUUUUAUCUGGAAUUUGAUGGUAUUUAGACCUAAUUAGAAUUUUUUUUUGACCAAAUAAACAUUUUCGAAUAAUUUAACUUCGUUAAUACGACAAAUUAAGAAAAUGUCAGGCUUUUGCAGCGUUUGCUGCCAUCUGGUGAAAAAGAAAAUUCAUGACAUGUAAUAAAACUUCAAGCCAGUAGGUGGCGAUAGUGAUCCAUUGAUUUAGAUGGUCUUAGUCUAAAUAAUCCAAUGUUGAAACAAACUUUAUUUUGAGAUUUAUUUCACAAGUUAUGAAUUUGUAUAUAUACUAAGACAUUAUCAAAGACUAUUUGUUAAAGUUUUGUUUUUAAACUACUUUUUUUAAGUGUCAGUUCUUGCAAUAAUGUUACAUUAUUCAUACUGUCAAACAUGAGGUGGUAUUCUGAAGAGAAGUCAUUCAGCUUUUUGUUUCCUAUUAGUUAUUUCAGAUUUCAAAAAUCAAUAACUAAGAGUAAAUGAAUAAAAAAAAAAAGUAAAAACAUACUGUAAUAAACAGAUAUGAACAGUGAUAAUACAAUUUGUGUACAAACAAGUAAAUUCUAUUUGGUGACAUGAACAGCAAUAAUGUGGGGUCAGACUGUGACCGGGAUAUCUCUCUCUCUCUCUCUCUCUGUGUGUGUGUGUGUGUGUGUUCUGCAAUGUGGAUGUGCUAGAGUCUCACCCCAUAAUUGCUGUGUUUUGCAUUGUGACUGAUUUAUUUAAUUUGAUCAAUAAUAAUGAUAUUAAAAAAAAAAAAAGCUCUGUGUUUUAGUCUCACCCAUCCUGUAUUGGGUCAAAUUUGACCUGUAACAGUAAGCAACCACUUAGACUCAUCAAAUCUAUUUUUCCCCGAGUGUGUGUGUGUGUGUGUGUGUGUGUGUGUUCGUUCAGAUGGCAAGUGGAGGAAAAGUCACAAAGUCUUGUACUGCUCCUAUGAAGGAAACCAUUUUUAAUUUGAAACAGUAGCUAACUGAGGGUUAAACCAUGAUAAAUGAUCAAUGAAAGUUUUUUUGUUCUAGUUAAAUUUAGUAAAUAUUUCAUUUCAUAAUCAUUCAUUUUAGUCACUUUUACUAAAUGGCAUGUAAUUAUAUCUAUAACAACAAAAAAAAAAAAAAAACAUUUUAAUUGAUGUGCAAAAUGACAAAAACCUGUAUCAAAUGGUAACUGAACAAACUUGAACCAAAAAUUCAAAUAAUUUGAAAAAUGUAUACAAAUUAUUUAGUGCAUUGUAACGUCCUGCAAUAUUGUUUUUUCUUAUAUUGUCAACAAUGUUUUAAAACGGUUUGAUUAUCGUCAAUGAUGCAUCGUUUUCAUCUCAUCUUUAAAUCAAAGUUAAAGACUUUAACCGUGUUCCUGUUUGUUUGUUAAAACGUUACUUGAAAUAAAAAGAG